UCUCAGUAAACAUGGAAAAGGAAGAAAAGAAGAUUGUCAAUACAGGCGAGGAGGAUGAGAUGGAGAUUUAUGGUUAUAAUCGGUGCCACUGGAAGCUAGUUUUAGUUGCUAUAGGGGUGCUUUGUACUGGUGGCUUCCUCCUCCUUCUCCUCUACUGGAUGCCUGAGUGGCGUGUGAGAGCAACGUGCAAAAGGACUACACUUAAAGACUGUGAAGUGGUGCUACUGAGAACGACUGAUGAAUUCAGGAUAUGGUUUUGUGCAAAGAUUCGUAUUGUGCUUUCUCGGGGAGACAACCCAUUACAGAAUCCUCAGUCUAUUGAAGACAAAGUUUCAAAUGGCCAUAGUGGUCAUUCAUGUGAAAGCCCUGCUGAAGAGAAUAGAAACGACCCAAACAAAUAUUCUCCUGUAAGUGGACCUGUGAUUCGCUAUUUCACACACCACAGCGUAAUGUAUUUCUGGAAUGAUGCAGUCCAAAGUUUUGACUUCAAAAAGGGACUGGAUGAGUCUACUUCCUGCUCUUCAAUUCAUAAUGAACAUAGUAAAGGUUUGACUAAGGAGGUGCAUGUCUACAGAAAAGUAUUCUAUGGAGUAAAUGAAAUUGCCGUGAAAGUGCCUUCCAUUUUUAAGCUUCUGAUUAAGGAGGUUCUAAAUCCGUUUUACAUUUUCCAACUGUUCAGCGUGAUAUUGUGGAUCACUGAUGAAUAUUACUACUAUGCAUUAGCGAUUGUGAUUAUGUCUGUGAUAUCCAUUGUUAGCUCACUGUACACCAUUAGAAAGCAAUAUAUUAUGUUACAUGACAUGGUGGCGGCUCACAGCAUUGUCAGAGUUUCUGUCAGCAGAGCGAAUCAGGAAAUAGAAGAGAUCCUUUCCACAGACCUUGUGCCUGGAGACAUCAUGGUGAUUCCAUCUAAUGGGACAAUCAUGCCCUGUGAUGCAGUACUUGUCAGUGGUACUUGCAUCGUAAAUGAAAGCAUGUUAACAGGUGAAAGUGUUCCUGUAACAAAGACUAAUCUCCCAAAUCCUGCAGAAGACCCAAAAGCAAUGGGAGAUGAAAUAUACAGUCCAGAAGUACAUAAGCGACACACUUUGUUCUGUGGGACCAAUGUCAUUCAAACACGUUUUUACUCUGGAGAACGAGUCAAAGCCAUAGUAGUGAGAACAGGCUUUAGUACAUCAAAAGGACAGCUUGUUCGUUCUAUACUGUAUCCAAAGCCAACUGACUUCAAACUCUACAGAGAUGCCUACAUGUUUCUGCUGUUCCUUGUGGUGGUGGCAGGAGUUGGGUUUCUUUACACGAUUGUCAAUAGCAUACUAAAUGAGGUUCCUGCUCAUAUAAUAAUCAUCGAGUCUCUUGACAUUAUAACCAUCACUGUCCCACCGGCACUUCCUGCUGCGAUGACUGCUGGGAUCGUUUACGCACAGAGGCGGUUGAAAAAGAUUGGUAUCUUCUGCAUCAGCCCUCAGAGGAUAAAUAUCUGUGGCCAAUUGAAUCUCGUGUGUUUUGACAAGACUGGCACGCUUACUGAAGAUGGCUUAGAUCUUUGGGGGAUCCAAAGAGUGGAAAAUGCUCGUUUCCUUUUUCCAGAAGAGAGAGCUUGCAAUGAGAGCCUGGUGAAGUCUCAGUUUGUUGCUUGCAUGGCAACUUGUCAUUCACUCACGAAAAUUGAAGGAGUGCUUUCUGGGGACCCGCUUGAUUUAAAGAUGUUUGAAGCCAUAGGAUGGAUUCUUGAAGAAGCAACUGAAGAGGAAACAGCUCUUCACAAUCGAAUAAUGCCAACCGUGGUUCGACCUCCAAAACAGCUUCUUCCAGAAUCCAAACCUGCCACAAAUCAAGAAAUGGAACUAUUUGAGCUCUCGGCCAGUUAUGAGAUUGGAAUUGUGCGUCAGUUUCCGUUUUCUUCUGCUUUGCAACGCAUGUGUGUAGUAGCAAGAGUGCUAGGGGAGAAGAGAAUGGAUGCGUUCGUAAAAGGUGCCCCAGAGGUGAUUGCCAGUUUGUGUAAACAAGAAACAGUUCCUGUUGAUUUUGAAACCAUUUUGGAAGACUACACUAAGCAGGGCUUCAGAGUUAUCGCUCUUGCUCACAGAAAAUUGGAAUCAAAACUUUCAUGGCACAAAGUCCAGAAUAUUAACAGAGAUGCCAUUGAAAGCAACAUGGAUUUUAUGGGGUUAAUUAUAAUGCAAAACAAACUAAAGCAAGAAACCCCUGCUGUACUUGAAGACUUGCAUAAAGCCAACAUUCGCACUGUCAUGGUCACAGGUGAUAACAUGUUAACUGCUAUCUCUGUGGCUAGAGACUGUGGAAUGAUUCUACCUCAGGACAAGGUCAUUAUUGCUGAAGCGCUACCUCCAAAGGAUGGGCGAGUUGCCAGGAUAAACUGGCAUUAUGCAGAUACCCUCACAAAAUGCACUAAUUCAUCACCAGCCAUUAACUCACAGGAUAUUCCAAUUAAAUUGGUCCAUGAAAGUCUAGAGGACCUCCAGCUGACUAAAUACCAUUUUGCAAUGAAUGGAAAGUCAUUUGCAGUGAUACUGGAGCAUUUUCAGGACCUUGUGCCCAAGCUGGUGUUGCAUGGCACUGUAUUUGCCCGCAUGGCACCUGAUCAGAAAACCCAGCUAGUGGAAGCGUUACAAAAUGUGGAUUACUAUGUUGGCAUGUGUGGAGAUGGUGCAAAUGACUGUGGUGCACUGAAGAAGGCCCAUGGUGGUAUAUCACUGUCUGAACUUGAGGCUUCUGUGGCAUCACCAUUCACCUCCAGAACUCCUAGUAUUUCCUGUGUGCCAAACCUUAUCAGGGAAGGCCGUGCUGCUUUAAUAACUUCCUUUUGCGUAUUUAAGUUUAUGGCUUUGUACAGCAUUAUCCAGUAUUUCAGCGUUACCCUACUAUAUUCUAUCCUGAGUAAUUUAGGAGAUUUCCAGUUUCUUUUCAUCGAUCUGGCAAUCAUUUUGGUUGUUGUCUUUACCAUGAGUUUAAAUCCUGCUUGGAAGGAGCUUGUUGCACAAAGGCCACCUUCAGGUCUCAUCUCAGGUCAACUUCUCUGCUCAGUUCUGUCUCAGAUUAUCACCUGCCUUGGUUUUCAAACCAUAGGAUUUAUUUGGGUCAAACAGCAACCCUGGUAUGAGCCCUGGACCACCCAGUCAGAUGCAUGUAACUUAUCAGCAGCCACAAACACCAGUUCCUCCCAACAUGAGAAUGAGACUCUUCAUGAUGAGCACAAUAUCAAAAACUAUGAAAACACAACGGUGUUUUUUAUCUCCAGCUUUCAGUACCUCAUAGUGGCAAUUGUCUUUUCUAAAGGGAAGCCCUUUAGGCAGCCUUGCUACAGAAAUGUUCUGUUUGUUAUAUCUGUGAUAGUUAUUUAUAUCUUCACAUUAUUCAUCAUGUUGUAUCCAGUUGAAUCCAUUGACAGGGUUCUUGAGCUAGUUUGUGUACCAUAUCAGUGGCGUAUAACAAUUCUCAUCAUCAUCAUCAUCAAUGCAAUUGUAGCCCUCUUGGUGGAGAAUAUCCUCCUUGACAUGAUCCUUUGGAAGGUUGUGUUCAGUCGAGACAAACAAGGAGAAUAUCGCCUCACCAUACCCCAGCCACCUCAGGAGCCUUUGGAUCGCUGGAGAGGGUGCGUCCUUUCCUCCCUGUUUGGCUGCAGAAAGAAGAUUCCAAAAGCCAAGUACAUGCACUUAGCUCAGGAACUGUUGGUUGAUCCAGAAUGGCCACCAAAACCUAGAACAACUACAGAAGCUAAAGAUCCAACCCAGGAAAAUGGUUCAUAUCCAAUAAUCACUGUAACAUAA